AUGGCAGAAGUUUGCAAAAUAGAUAAACCGCAUGAAUGCGUAGUCGAGCUAGAGUGUACAGAAAAUUCUCAACCAUUCGAGACUCGUAUCGUGACAAUUGUCUCCGGUGGGGAGAAACUUAUUGGUAGAUACCAUAAAGAAAAAAGAACGAAAGCUUUCGCAAGCCAGGAAGGCAUCAACGUACUCUUUGAUAAUCGUACCCUAUCUCAGGCUCACGCUACAUUACUCUUCAAGGAAGGAAAACUGUACCUUAAGGAUCUCUGUAGUGCUAACGGAACAUAUGUUAAUGGCAAAAAUAUUGGUCCCAACGAACGGGAUCAGCGUGAACCCGUAGCAAGACCAUUGAAAACGGGUGAUAUUGUAAGAUUUGGCAAGCUUCGCGCUAUUUCCGCUAAUAGCGAUGUAAUAAGGCCGAUCGAAGCUAAGGUUACGAUUAAAUUCCCAAUCCCGUCUGAAUUGAACGAUCAAUCGGAAAACAAUGAAAAAUGCCUUUCAAAUUACACACCAUUCGAGGGAAGAGGCUUAGAUCAAACUAUUACGAAUGAACCAGAGCCGAUGAAACAGUCCAAUCCUGAGCCCAGCGAUAAUAUACAGGAGAGAAAUGAUCCGAUCAAAUCUUUGAAGGCUGUUGAGCAAGAUACCCAAACGGAGGCUGCUAAACUUCAGUCUUCAUCGACGCAAGUUUUACCAGAAGAAGAGACAGACCAAGGUGAAAAGGAGGACAAGAAUGAGUGUAAUGCCUGUGAAUCUUUAAUUCAAGAGUUUUACCAGCACAGAAAGCGAUCAUUGAUGGCAAUCGUGGUUUGCUUGCUUAUUGCUAUAAUUUAUCAACAUCGUCUCAUAAUUUAA